AUGACUCUGUUUCACUCGGUUUUCGGAGAGACAAGACAGCAAGCAACUCCCGAAGCAGAGGCUCGGACUAGUUCAGUCAACAGUGGGAGCUGGGUUUCUGACAUUUGGGGAUUUGCAAGGAAAGUGAAAAAUACUACUACGUCAACAGCAGAUCAAAUCAAGGACUGUGGAGCAUAUAUUGAUUGCCCAAAAUGCCAUUAUCGUAUUGAUAACAGUGAUGUUUCUCCCGAGUGGCCUGGCUUUCCUGUUGGUGUGAAAUUUGUUCCCUCUGAUGUUGAACUUUUAGAGCAUUUAGCAGCAAAGUGUUGUAUUGGAAACAGAGAGGCACACAUGUUAAUUCAUGAGUUCAUCCCAACUCUUGAAGGAGACCAAGGAAUUUGCUACACACAUCCAGAAAAUCUUCCAGGUGCUAAGAAAGAUGGUAGCAGUGUCCAUUUCUUUCACAAAACAGCUAACGCAUAUGCUACUGGACAAAGAAAGCGUAGAAAGAUUCAUCAUCAACAUGGUUUGACUGAGGAGCAUGUGCGCUGGCAUAAGACUGGUAGGACCAAAGCUGUAACUGAAGAUGGAAUACAUAAGGGAUUUAAGAAGAUCAUGGUUCUUUAUAUGAGAUCAAAGAAAGGUUCCAAGCCAUAUAAAACCAAUUGGGUGAUGCAUCAGUACCAUCUAGGGAGUGAGGAAGAUGAGAAGGAUGGUGAGUAUGUGGUUUCAAAAAUUUUUUAUCAACAGCAGAAGCAGACUGAAAAGAAUGAGGAAAAUCCAGUGGUUGAAGAUUCCGACGUGGCAGUGCGAACAAGUCCAAGAACCCCAAAACCAAAUUCCCCUUGUCGACCUAGUGCAGGCAAAUGUGUUGACUUUGAUGACAAUUUUGAUGAGAAUGAACUUCAGCCGUGCUUCCAGGAUGCCAAGCCUAUGCCUGGAGAAUCACUUGCACCACCAUCUGCAUGGUUGGCUGGUGAAUCACAACCUGACUGUGACUUUGAUGGCUUGGAAGACAUCUUAUUAUGCAAGGAGAUGUUAAAUUCCUCUGGUCUCUUAAACGAUUCUGGAUUGAACUCUACUUUUAAUGGCAUUGCCUGCAAUGCAAACGAGUUGGCUGGAAAUAAUAAUGACCAUGUUUCUUAUGGAGUUUCUGUCCUGGACACACUGGAAUUGGAUACUCCUCCAGAUUUUGAUCUAUCUAACUUGCAAUUUGGUUCUCAAGACAGCAUGCUUAAGUGGAUUGACAAGCUUUAA